AUGUAUAAUGAAUACGCUAAGUUUAUUGAUGAGUUCGGAGCGCGGCCGUCUGGGUCUCAAGUGUUAGAAAAUGCGAUAGAUUAUAUGAUAAAUCUAACAAUAAGUAAUGGUCUUGACAGUGUUACAACUGAAGCCGUGCGGGUACCACAUUGGGUGCGUGGCUCUGAAGCAGCCAUAAUGAUACAACCUCGUUUCAAAUCAAUUUCCAUACUUGGAUUUGGUCCAAGCGUAAGUACGCCCGCAGAAGGAAUCACCGCAGAAGUAAUUGUUAUACGCAGUUUCAACGAAUUAAACAAUAUAGAUGAAGAUAUAAUAAAAGGCAAAAUAGUUGUAUUUGAUGCCCCUUAUUCUUCAUAUGGUGAAACUGUAGCGUACAGAGUAGAAGGUGCUUCGAAGGCAUCGAAAAAAGGCGCUGUUGCGACACUUAUAAGGAGUGUUACACCUUUCUCAUUAUACACCCUACACACUGGGUCACAAGUGUAUGAGAAAGAUGUCACCAAAAUACCUACUGCAGCCAUAACUCAUGAGGAUGCUGAUUUGAUGAGAAGAUUACAGGACCUAGGUGAAACCAUUGUUUUAAAUAUAAGGAUGUUUAACUCGCUCAGUUUGAAAACUUCAAGGAACACUUUGGUGGAUCUUAUUGGUCGAGAGAAUCCUGAUAAACAAGUAAUCGUAUCAGGGCACAUAGAUAGUUGGGAUGUAGGACAGGGAGCAAUGGAUGAUGGCGGUGGUAUGUUCAUUAGCUGGUAUGUACCAGUGAUUCUAAAUAAACUUAACCUGAGACCAAGGAGGACUAUUCGAGCUAUACUUUGGACUGCGGAAGAACCAGGCCUUGUCGGAGCCUUUGCUUAUUUAAAAAGGCAUAUGAAUAAACUCUCAGAUAUAAACUUUAUAAUGGAAUCAGAUGAAGCCAAUAGA